CAGAAGGGCGCGCCUGCAGCUCGACAAUUGGCGACGUGGCGCAGGCCCGUGCUCAUGCCAAUAAUAAUAUGGUUGCCUGCUUAGAUUAGUAACUUAGAACUUCCAAGUUCAUAUUUCAAGAAGCAGGGCUGCCAAAGAUCGAGCGACGCAAACGUCACGACCAGAUCAAGCUACAAGCUCUCAGCAAUGUUCCUGCAAUGAUUUGGCGCCUCAAUGGGGAUUUUAAGCCAGCCACCCAGUAGCUAAGUUACUUUCUUGCGUGGCGCCACAUCGGCGCCAGAACUAUUUCGUUGCUAUGGGGCGCUGGAGCUGGAAAAAGGUGGUGGGAGCAGGAGCCAGGGCGGAUCCUGCGACGACCCCCCUUCCGAGCACUGAGAUGGUGGUCAUCUUUUUGAUCCACCUUAGUCAGGGCUUUCAAGUGACGAUGCUGUUCCCGCUGAUUGUGUUCAUGGUCACAGACUUUGGGGUCGCCGAGCACAACCCCCACCUCGUCGGCCGCUAUGCCGGGUUCCUCGCAUCCCUCUUCCCCUUCGCCCAGUUCUGCACCUCCCUCUUCUGGGGCUCCGUUUCGGACCGCACCGGGCGCAAACCCGUCCUCUUUUCUGGGAACGUCGUCGCAGCCGUGUCCGCUCUCCUCUUCGGACUGUCCGGCAGCUACACGAUGGCGUGUCUCGUGAGGUUAGUGGGCGGGUUACUGAACGGGGUUAUCACGGUGACCAAGUCGACCCUGGGGGAGUUGUGUGACAAAACGAACCAGCGGCAGGGGUUUGCGGUGCUGAGCCUCGGGUGGGGCAUCGGUACGAUUGCGGGGCAAGUCAUUGGGGGCGUGGGGGCACGCCCUUGUCAGCAGUACGGAAUAGAAAAGUGCCCAGCGGUUUUGAAAACGUACCCGUUCAUUCUCCCGUGCGCUGGAGCCGCGUUCUUCUCUGGCGUCGCUGCGGUCGCGACGUUUUUCCUGCGGGAGACCCUCGUUAAGGAACCUGGGUUUGCGAAGAUUGAGGACGAGACGUUUGAGCUGGUCGAGACAAAACCGGCUAAGGGUUCCGGGAGUGUGUCUGUUAGCGAAGGGCAGUCUGGUGAACUUGAGGCCUCCUUAGAGGAUUUUAGAGCAAGGUCGGAGGGGGACGAGGAGAGGGGGUUUCUGUUAGAACCUCUGGAAAGCAAGCUUCGUUCAAGCGGUAAAAGCAAAGUGGGAAGAAGCAGCGAAUCCGCCGUAGCUAGAAUCGUGGCUCAGGUGAACGGUGGGGCGAACGGAGUGGAGCUGGUGUCAAGAGGCGAGCAUGGGAUGCUCAGUGGGGACUUUGACACUACUACGGAGAGGAGAGCGGUGGAAAGCGGGGGGGCAGCGACGAGGGGAACUAGACUGGAGGAAAACGCGCUUGCAGGAACCGUAGAGGAAGCGGCUGAGCCGUCCGUGAGUGGGCGAGGGAAGACGGAUAGCCUAGCAAAUGAUGGAAAGCAUGACGAGCUGAAACUGGGAGUUUUGCUCACAGGAAUAGGAAACGGGAAGGGCGCAGCAAAGGGGAGGACGAAAGUCGACGGCGUUCGGUAUGAGAAGCUACCGGAUCUAGAAUCGGGUCCCGACAAGGUCGGGGCUUCAAGUUCAAUCAAAGGCGGGGCGGCAGCCACGAAGGACCGGUUCUACUGGCAGGACCCCGACGUGUGGAUUGCUUCUGGGACGUAUGGGAUGACUGCUUUCAUUCACAUCAUCGGAGACGAGCUCUUCCCCAUCUUCGGCGCGGCGUCCCCUGCGAGCGGCGGCCUCGGCUACGCGGCUUCCACCAUCGGCCUCCUGGGGGGCCUUACCGGCGCCGUCCUUUUCCUCUUCACCCUAGUUUUUCUCAAGCUCAACCCGCCCUCUGCGCGUGCGUGCUUCGCGCUCGGGACCCUACUCUACCUCCCUGCGACGCUCCUCAUGCCGCUGACGUCGCUGCUGACGUCGAAUGCCACGUGGCAGUGGUGGGCGGUCGCGGGCCUGCUGAUCGAAAAGAACGUGGCGGCGUGCAUGGGGUUCACGGGGGCGAUGGUCCUCGUCAGCAAUUCGACGGAUAGUUCAAACAUGGGUGCGGUUACGGGGUUCAGCCACUCGAUCGGCGCGUUUGCGCGCGCGGCGGGGCCGUUUUUGGGGGGGUCGCUGUGGUCAUACUCGGUGGCGCUGCGCAUCCCCCUCUCGCAGUUCAUUCCGUGGGAGUGCAUCACGGUGCUGACGCUGGGGACGCUGGUUCUGGCGGUGCUCGCGAAGCCUUAUUUAGAUGGCCCAAAAUCCGAGCGGAAUUCGUCAUAAGCGGGCCGUAUAGUCGAUUGGGCUCGCGUAUACAUAGUGGAUCAGAGGCGACGCAAAACUUGGGCUUUUCUUGCGAUGCUUGUUUUAUCGGUGCACGCUUUGACAUUCUUUUUCAAAGCCGCUUAGGCUUGGGCUUGAAUUGCCAAUGCAAUUCGGCCGGGCCUGAUCGGAAUGUGGCUCGAGGGAUCAGCGUAGAUACGAGGCCUGGCGCGCGAAACUUUCUGUACAUUUGAGGCAGCAAGCCAGGAUCAGUUGCACGCUUAUUGCUGCAAGCGAAGUACUCUCUGUCAGCUCGACUUCACCGUUGGAUAGCGAUUGCGUAUUCCAGCACAAAUCCGGCCGGGCUCUUCACUUACUUAACCCUCUGC